AUGAGGACAGAUAACGGUGACGUAUUUAUAAUUGACACGAGCAAUCCCGAACAUGUUUUAGUUGUUUCGUUGUUGCAAGACUAUUUUAAGGUUGCCAAUGGCGGUGUCAUUAUUAAUCCUCCAAUAGUCGUUGAUAUUGAUGAAUGUAAUGGCAGUUUGGAACCCUUAUUCGAAAAAACAACUCUUACUACCUGUAAUGCACCCAACCUCCCUCAAUAUCAAGUCAUUAUCCCAAUUGCACAAGUCUUUUGGGAUCCAGUACUUUCACUUCCACCUGCAGUUGAGUACGUACCAGCUGUUCCUACUCUUCUUGCAACUGAAACUGCGCCUGUUAAUUUUAUUAUUGAUCUGUAUCAAGUUCAACAACUAGUUUUAAGUGGACAGAAUAAUGCAUAA